AUGGGCAACGGCACAGCUGCAGUACUAGAGCCGACAUUCACCGGCUAUGUCGCCACGACACAAGAUGCGCUGAUCCUCUUCGAAGCCUGUCUCACAGGUAUCCUCCACCAUGUCCCACGACGUCCCCACGAUCGAGAGAGAAGUCAACUGGUGAAAAGUGGUAGUGUUUUUAUCUACGAAGAAAAUGCGUCUGGUAUCAAGCGAUGGACGGACGGCGUUACCUGGAGCCCGAGCCGCAUCCUGGGCAAUUUCCUCGUCUACCGUGAACUUGAUAAGCCAUUUCCUCCGGGUGAGAAGAAGCGCGCGAUGAAAAAGGGCAAUCGGCGCCCAACAUCAACUGGGAGACCAGGGGAACCGUACCCACGACCCCAAGAGAGCAAUGGAACUACAUACUCGCCCGCAACAUCGCCAGGCGCAGCUCCAUAUGGAGAACGGAACCAGCAAUCGGAGCUGGAGAGACAACUGGUGGGCUCCCUCGUGGACUCUUACGGGUUCAAGGAUUCCGGAUUAGUGAAGAAAACCAUGAGCGUGACGGUGUCGGGUGUGACCCAUCAUUUGGUAUCAUAUUACAGUGUUGAAGAUGUCAUGUCAAACCGCCUCCAUACCCCGAUGCAGCACGAGAGUUUGAGAUAUAUACGUCCACGCGCAGAACUCACCACCAAGCAGAGCUUCCGUGCCCCAAUUGACGACUUUGAUCACGCUACACUGGAAGAUGCAGACCCGACUUCCGCCCUAUAUGCGUAUCGUUCUACACUAAGCGGCGCGCAGGCGUACGCGGUACCGAGUUCCGGACCGUCAUAUUACCAACUACCCGCCUACGGUGCACCCCCUGGCUAUGCAGUUGGCGCAGCAGGGCUGGCAGGCCAUCCGGCAUCCAAUCCAUACCUAGCAAAUACUUCCAAUUCAGCCGACAUUCCUCCAAAGCAAGACAGCUACCCUUUCCGGAGCUCUGCAUCAUACCCGCCCGGCUAUAACCCGAUGAACCCCAGCAUGCAGCAACCCUUGUCUGCUUCCACGAUGUCCUCUUCCCUCAACACUGUCCUGGCUGAUAGGAGUCAGCAGCAGCAACAACCCAGUAGUGCUGGCCUUUACCGAAAUCCGGCAUUACAGCCGCGCAAUGUGGCCCCAGAUUCGUCUUCGGGCGCCGUCGACCCCAGCUCUGCCUACUCGCGAGGAACCUUUGGCGGGAUGGAUUCAGCAGAUCAACAAAACGUUGGACAGCAUCCGCCCUACAAUCCUGCAACGAGACGGGAAUCGAGUUCCUUGGUGGCCAACGUUUCUUACUAUAAUGGGGACCGCCAGCCUCAACAACCUCAAUCGCAGCCGCCGUCACAGCCUCAACAAUCACACCAGCCGCCUCCGCAGCCGCCGCAACAACAAUAUUUCCCCGGCCCUACCCACUCGGCGCAUGCUUCCAGCUAUCAGCCGGGACCCCCGGCGUCGAUGUCAUGGAAUACGGCUGCAACAGGUUGA